AUGGCCGUUGUGGCCUUGAUCGUUUCCACCUUCUGUGCAGUCGCCAAUGCCAUCCCAACCAUCUCAACUGUUGGGUCAAAGUUCUUCACGAGUGAUGGCAACCAAUUCUUCAUCAAAGGUGUGGCUUACCAGCUCGUCGAAGACGAUCCUCUCGCGAACCCUACGCAAUGCCAACUUGAUGCUGCUCUCAUGAAGACGCUGGGUGCCAACUCAAUUCGAGUCUACCAUGUGGAUGCCUCGGCCGAUCACUCGGGCUGCAUGAAUGCGUUUGCAGACAACGGAAUCUACGUCUGGGUGGAUAUGGACAGCUUCAAGACAUACAUUCAGUUGGCUGGCGUUCCUUCUUGGACCACCAACAAGUCCGAUUCUUAUCGAGCCGUCAUGGACAAUUUCCAACAAUACGACAAUUUGGCGGGAUUAUUCGUUGGUAAUGAGGUGCUCAAUACUGACGCCGAUUCGGGUGCUGCUCCGUAUUUGUUGUCGGCUGCUACUGAUCUCAAGUCGUACCGUGAUGCCAAAGGUUAUCGCCAGAUCCCGAUUGGCUACUCUGCAACCGACACGGCUGUUCUUCGCCCCAUGCUGCAAGAUUACCUGGUCUGCCGUCCGAACGCUACGGAGCGCAUGGAUUUCUACGCACUGAACAGCUACGAGUGGUGUGGUUCAAGCGCGACGUACGACACUUCAGGAUAUGUCAAUCUGCAGGCGGACGCUGAGAACUAUCCCAUUCCUAUCUUCUUUUCGGAAGAUGGUUGCAACACAGUUCCACCACGAACCUUUAAUGAUCAAGCUGCCAUCUUCGGGCCCGACAUGGUCAACACCUGGUCGGGAGCUAUCAUCUAUGAAUGGAUUCAAGAAACAAACGACUACGGACUAGUUUCAUACGGCGCACAAGGUACGCCAACACCGGUUCAGCCAGAUUUCAGCAAUCUUGCCUCGCAGUGGGCCACGUUGACACCUACUGGAGUCCAGUCCGCGGCUUAUUCAUCGACAUUCUCCGCAUCCAUUCCGACCUGCCCGAGUUCGACCGCAGGCGGAUGGACAGCUGAUCCCAGCGCGGCCCUCCCGACGAUCGGUGCAGCCGGCGUUUCCUCAGGUAUGCCAAGUGGUGUUCCGACAGGCAGCAUCACGUCUGUCGGCAGCAUUACGGUUAUGAGUUCCACUUCGCAGACCAGUAGUACUUACAGCUCGACAGUCACAUCUUCCGGGUCAUCGGCGCACACUACAAGUGCGAGCAGUACAUCAUCAUCAUCAUCAUCAGGUGCUGCCAGUUCUGCAACCCACAAAGCUGCCGCUGGCAGAGUCGUGCCAAACUCUCCUGGAUCGGAGGUUAUGGGGUUGAUGGGCACAGUCACUGCUUUAAUCGCGGUCGGUGCAGGAGUCGUGUUCUGGUUGUGA